AUGGCGACCUCAGAAUUUCCUUCCUUCUCACGUCUUCCUGCGGAGAUCCGGCUCAUGAUCUGGAACGCUGCUCUCCCCGGCCCGAUCAACAACCCUCUAUUCUUCUGGAGGACAGUCAAACUGCAGAUUCACAGGCUGGACGACAAGUACGACUACUACGAUGACUGGGUACCUGACCUCAUCCGCCCAAUCGAGAUGGGCUUUUUCUCGGUCAAGAUCCCGCUCCUCAAAGUGAACAAAGAAGCCCACAAGGACUUCCUGUCGGAGGUGUGGAACAUGUUCUACGUCCUAUCGCUCGACGGGCCUGGUCGAUUCCCCAACCACGAGAAUGCCAUCCGACGCGUGGCGCUACCUCAGCAGAUGCUCAUGGAUUCUCGACUUGCUCCGCUCCCGAGACUAUUCAACGGGGGGGUCCAGCUGUGGUGCCGGAACCUGUAUGUUGUCGUCGACGCCCCCGCUGCGCUGCGUGGAGUCGUCACCAACGGCUCGAAACGGGUCACCGACAGCCCGAACUGGGGGUUGGAGGUUCUGGACGACUUCCCCCGCGCGUCGUGUACCAGACCGGGCGGAUGA